UAUUCUUCAAAUGUCAUCACAUGUGAUAAAUAUGUAACUAUUUUUAUUUUUUACAAAAAUGUUUUUACGAACUUUAUCAAAUCGUCUUUACAUUACAAAUAUUCAUAAAUACAGUUUGGCAGUAUUUCCUAAUCUGAUUACACAAUUAAAUAACAAAUUUGCUACUUUUGAUAUAAAUCAAACUUCAGUGUCAGAUAAACCAGUUAAGAAAAAAACAGUCCCUGUUCCUAAAAUAACAUUAAUCUUACCUGAAAACAAUGUGUCGAUUACAACAAUUGAAGAAGCUACAAAAAUAUCUAGGAGGCGUGAUUUAAAACUAGUGAAAAUUAUUGAUUUGGAUACGAAAACUGACCGACCUGUGUAUAAGUUAAUGACUGGGGCUGAAUAUCUAGCCGAAGAUUUAAAACGGCGGGCUGAACGCAAAGCUAGCAAACAAGAUUCGUAUAUUAAGGGUGAAAAAUUGUUGACAGUUAGUCAUAAAAUAUCUGAUCAUGAUUUGAAUUCGAGAAUAAGGAAUAUUGAAAAGUGGUUGGCAAAACCUUAUGAGGUUAGGGUGGUAAUUAAUGGUGAAGCUAGUAAUAUGUCCGCUGCUGAAACGAUAUACGAAAAACUUGUAAAACAGUUACAAACAGCUCGAUUCGUACAAAAACGACAAAAGGGCAGUGAUAUACGCUUUCAAAUUUUACCACCAAAACGUGAUAAAGGUUCAGAUAGUAGUAGCAGCAAUAGUAAUAAAAAUUCUGAUAAUAAAAACUUAUGACAACUAAAGAAAAUCGUCAAUUUUAGUUUAGUAUGCUCUAGCGUAUUACUUUUAAAAUAUGUUUUGUGGUAUCGAUUUUUAAAAACGUCGAAUCCUGAACAAUCCUUAUCCGAAAAAAUGAAUACUUAUUAUUAUAGCUUUCUGCUGUUUUGUUUACUGAACAUACGCUAAUUUUGUUUUAGAUUUUUAAGUCUUUUUUUGCAUUUUUUGGUUAAAACUUAAGACUUAAACGUACUGAGGAAUUUGCUACGGAAAGUUUUUUUAUUGCUCUGAUUAUUGCGUUUUACAGGUGAAGCUAUGAAGCAAGUCUUGUGGUACGGAAAAUCGCGUGUAAACGUGGCCUUAAGAAUUUAGCUAGAUUGCUUCUACCUAACACAGUGUAUAUGUUAAGGGCAUCUAUUAUAGCUAGAUUGGUUCGUAACUGCAUUCAAAGGCUGCAUUUACAAAGUCGGGAGAGAGAACGUAUGUAAUAAGGACGUAAACUCGAGUGGAGAGGAUAGCAGGAAAAAAGGCGCCCAUCUGGGCAAGGUCUAGUCCUCUCGGUCGUUGCGCACUUUUUACUGUGCAUCAGGCUGUCUUUUGUUUUCAAUUUAUUGAAAGUGAAAUUAUGUUUUCAAUCACUUAGACAGCCUGAUGCGCGGUACAAAGCACGCAAUGACCGAUGACUAGAGCCCGCCCAGAUAGGCGCCUCAAAUUCAGCCACGGGCGCUUAUAGCUCGGUAUAGGGAGUAUUAUAUCUUUAUUAUAUAUGUUCUUGGUCGGGAGUUAUAACUUAUCUAUUAACCACGGCUUAAGAUGUAGCAAGUAAUCUAGUUAGAACAACUUUUGGGAGAAAUUCUAACCACCAAAAAAGGAAACAAUUCUUUGAUGUAUGUUAUUUUUUAUUGCAUAUAAGUUGCUCGAUUCAGAGAAUUUGUGUUUCAAAAGGCCAUCGAUUUUUGUUUUUCGUUCUAGUCAGGUUUCCGUUUUAUUAGUCAGGAUUCCAUUUUAUAGAAACAGGAAAUUUAAGAGAAAUUAAUAUUUCAACGAAAAUCUAGUAAAAUUAUAAAAGUUUUGGGUUAAAAUCUAAUUUAAUUUGUAUUAAACAUGCAUUUUUACGCGUCUGCGGGUAUGAUGCAGAGCAUCCAUUUUAAAAAGGCGCAUAAUAUCAACUAAGUGUUUUCUAACCAGGGACACGAAUUAAAUUGGGCAAGAAAUAAAGAUCGAUCACAAAUUUAUAUUAAUUCUACGUUUAAAAUUUAUUUUGAAAAAUUUGUAC